CGCGUUGGGAAACAGUGGCGCAGAGAGAGACUAGCUGUAGCGUAGUCUAGGUACCAGCACCGGAGGAGACCGGAUAGAAAGUGAUGUGAUCUGAUACGGGUAGCUACGUGAGGACUCGCGCUUAAAAAGUGUGCAUCACUUCUCUGUCCUAUAUCAGUGUCGUCGUUUUAAGCGGUGGCGUAGAAGCACGAUUGUCAAACGCGGACGUUCCUGCUUGAUUUAUAUUGAAAUCGGUGAGGCUGCAAGGAUGAUGGUUUGCAGGGAUCCCCUCUCCAGUUGACCUCUUGACCUCUCGUCACUCAUGAUGUCCGUCCACACCCCCCCGCUCUCCCGCAGUGGCUCCUCCCCUUCUUCUGUCGGCUUGGCCAAUCGCAGCGGUCCCCCUGCCGCCCCUCCCACCUCCCUCAGCCUGCGCUCCUCCUACAACCAACUCCUGGGCCAUGACAUCAUAAAGGAGUCCCCUACCGCCAUGGAAACGGGGAGUUCUGCCACUUUACCCAAGAGUCGCCAUAGAUACGCCAUGACCAGUGUGCAUAGCGCCAUGGGACUGAGCGGCAGACGCCUCCCCACCAAGUCCUCUUCAUCCUCUGCUCUCUACUCCUCCUCCUCUUCCUCAUUCUUCUCCACCAACCCCAAGCUGGCAAAGGAUGGUGCCAACCUGCAGCGGAAGGCCGAGACACAGCAACAGGAGCAGAGUAAAACCAACACAGAGGUCAAAGAGCAGGAUGACAUCAUCACCCCCAUACACAGCUCUGAUUGGAUGGAGAGCGAGAACUCACUGGACCCCCUCCCAUUUUGUCGGAGGACAAAGAGCUUUCUGGAGUUAAGUGAAAAGGAAGAGGACCCACCCAGUGGAGGAAACAAAGAGGAAGACUCUCCUAGUGGAGGCAAUAAGGAAGAAGAUCUUCUCAGCAAGGAAGAGGAGGAAGGGGAUGAGAAGCACCCCUGCCCUGAGAAAGACCAGGUCAGCCUGGAUAAAGAGAGAGAGAGACCGGAGGAGGAGAAACAGACCCCAAAACAGGAGGAAUACAAAGAGGAAGAGGGUGCCACUCCAACUGCUACACAGCCUCUACUACAGGGGGUCCACUCUCCCGCCAUCUCUCCCCUAAACCAUCUCAGCUGGGCCCAAGAGAACAAGAUCCAGAGUUGCCCCCCACUUCAGGGCAGAGACGAGGCCCUAACCCAGGCCCAGGGUCACCCACACAGCGUUGAGACGCCCCCCAAACCCCCCCGAAGUGCACAGGCUCCCCCGCCCAGAGUGAUCAAGGUGGAGCUGCACCCCAACAAUGAGAACCCGUACCUCCACCGCCCCCCCUCUGCAACCCAUAAGCAGUCCAGGGGGGAGGAGAGCACCCCUCUUCUGCUCCAGACCCCCCCAUCAUCGUUCAGCCCGGACCCAGAGAGAGGAGCUCCUAAGCUGGGUAGUCUAGGUACGAAAGUGGAGUCUCCCCUGGAGGAUGAGGACUCCAGCUGGACCACCCUGUCCCAAGAGAGCCCCUCCCCUCAGACCCCACAAGAAAUAGCAGAUGUGUGGGGUGAGGGGGACCUUCCCCCAGGCUGGCGUGAGGUCACAGACCUAUCGGAGGUCUACUUCUGGCAUGUCCCUACUGGCACCACCCAGUACGACCGCCCUGUCUCCACCACCAACGAACACACACACCUCCACCCACUCCCUGACUCACAGCAGGGAGACACAGUCACCCUGAGACCACUCAGCGAGCGUCCCAGCAGUUUGGUAUCAGACAGUUCAGUGGAACCUGUGCCCUCUCCCUCCGGCUCCUCCUCCUCCUCUCCCUCUGAUGUCAUUCUGCCUGUCCGAGGCUUUGACAGCACCACCUGCACUGAGCUGAAGGACUACCCAGUCUAUCCUGACCCCAGCCUGAAAGCUUUUGAAGGAGCUACUCUCCGUUAUGCCUCACUGAGACUGCACCCUGCCCAGUUAGAUACAGUGGACCUCAACAGUGCCUGCACUGACCCAGAGGGACAGUCGUUCCCGGUGCGUUCUCUGGGCUGGGUGGAGAUGGCAGAGAGAGACCUGGCAGAGGGGAGGAGCAGUGUGGCUGUCCAUCACUGUAUCAGGCAGUUGUCGUACUGUAGGAGGGACAUACGAGACUCGGCAGGGGUCUGGGGAGAGGGUAAAGGCAUGUUGCUGGUGCUGCAGGACCGUGAUCUGACCCUGGUCCACCCGGACGACCACAGCAUGCUCCACUCUCAGCCAAUCAGCAGCAUCCGUGUGUGGGGCGUCGGCCGAGACCAUGACAGGGACUUUGCCUAUGUGGCGAGAGACAAAAACACACGGGUGUUGAAAUGCCAUGUGUUUCGAUGUGAUACCCCUGCAGAAGCCAUAGCAACGAGUCUCCACGAAAUCUGUUCCAAGAUUAUGGCUGAGAGGAAGAGUGCGAAGGCUGCUGCCUGCAGCUCAUCCCAAACAGGCUCCGAUGUUCCUCUCCAGGAGUUUCCUGUCCCAAAGACUGAGCUGGUGCAGAAGUUCAAUGUGAACUACCUGGGGAUGACGUCGGUGUCUCGCCCCAUAGGUAAGAGAAGUAUGGACAUCAUCAACGGGGCUAUAGAGAGCCUGGUGUCCUCCACAGGAAAAGAGGACUGGACCCCUGUCAUACUGAGUGUGGCUGACGCCACCGUGGCUGUCAUCAAGGAGAAGGAAGAGGAGGAGGAAGUGUUGGUGGAGUGCCGCGUGCGUUUCCUGUCCUUCAUGGGAGUGGGCCGGGACAUCCACACCUUUGCUUUCGUCAUGGACUCUGGGAACCAGCACUUCCAGUGCCACGUGUUCUGGUGUGACCCCAACGCUGGCAGUGUGUCUGAAGCCGUGCAGGCUGCUUGUGUGCUGCGGUAUCAGAAGUGUCUGGUGGCACGCCCCCCCUCCCAGAGAGCUGGCUCCUCCUCCCCGCCCCCCGACUCGGUGACGCGCCGGGUGACCACCAGCGUGAAGCGUGGCGUCCAGUCUCUCAUAGACACUCUGAAAACAAAGAAAACGCCCUCAGAACUGCCUCAGCAAUGACGGACAGCUCACUGACCACACCCCCCCACCACAGCCCCUGGCUUUGUCACUCACACUAUCGCCACAACUACGACCUACAACCACUCCUAACCAAUACCAGCCAUGGUAACCAACGAUGUACAUACAUGUUAACUUAACACCACUGGGCAGACCAAAGGAGGAAUGGAUCUGGAAAUGUGUAUCUGCUCAAAAUAAUACAAAGUGAACUAAUCUGCAGAAGAAGAAGAAGAAGGCCAAGCUACAGCAGAAUGAUGUGCUGUUAAUUUGGGUCAUCACUAGUGGAACUUUCCAUUGAGCUUUGAACUCUGCUGUGUCAUAGCGAGACUUGCCUACUUUAGCCAGGCCACAGCUGUCCUCACCGGGCACUGCCUCGUCUUGUGGAGUAUUAUUACUACUGAGCUGAAUGGAGUAUUAAGCCGAUGUCACACAAAGCAUUCUGGAUACAAUUUAUGUUGCUUGCAACAAAGUUGCACCUGUGUUGCACAGUGUGUCACCCCCCAAAUGUUUUGGGGCCUGCAACUUAGUUGCAUUGCACCGCAAGAUAGAAAUGAAUCCUAUUUCACGCAACUGACUGUAUGCGGUGUCUAAUCAGUGAGCAGAAAAAAAAGUUUACAUGACUCGUCAUAUCGUUCCGUACGGAACUCUGACCCGGUUGCCGUGUCAACACAGCUGUAAGUGCUGCUGCAAACCACAAGAGACAUGCCAAAUGUCAGAAAAAAUUGUCUCGUCAUGGCUUACGUACAUGCUCUGGCAGUCAAUAAAUGUCAUUUUAAAAGUGAACCCAGACCUUUAUCUGUCCAGUUUCAACUGAAAUUGUCCAACAUGAAUUGCGCUAGCUAGGUUAGCUCGUUGCUAGCUUAUUUAGCUAGCUGGCUUGGUAAAACAUAGCCCUUGAUCAUGACUCUCAGUUCCAUUACAUUAUACAUAAGACUUAUUGGAUGAAGGCGUCUUCUCUACGGGGGAGUUUUGUUAAGAGCCCCGAUGCUCAAUCUGAACAUUAACACGAGUCGCUUGCGGUACGGUUUUGGAAGCGUAAGGACCUUAUCUUUCAUAUCAUCGAGAAAUAAUAAAAUAAAAAGGUUAAUUUGAUACACACCUUGCUACUGUAAGUGUAUCUUUUUUUAUUUUAAGGAUUCUUUCUCUUCUGAUGAAAGACAAGGGCCACAUGUUUUGAAAGCCUUGAUUAUUGACGUUUCUAAACGUCUAAACACAGCGUCGGGAUUGUAGUCAACAUGAGCCAGUCGUGGGCUAAGCGAAAGGCUGAAAACUGUAGGGAGAAGGCAGAAUGCCGUCUUGAGUUUUCGAGAGCUUGAAAUGGCUAGCUAGUUAGCGGGUACGCGCUAGUAGCAUUUCAAUCAGUUACGUCACUUGCUCUGAGACUUAAGUAGGGUUUCCCCUUGCUCUGCAAGGGCCGCGGCUUUUGUGGAGUGAUGGGUAACGACGCUUCGUGGGCGACCGUUGUUGAUGUGUGCAGAGGUUCCCUGGUUCGCGCCCGUGUCGGGGCGAGGGGACGACGUAAAGUUACAACUGUGACAUUGAUGCUGUUGACCCGGAUCACUGGUUGCUGCGGAAAAGGAGGAGGUUGAAAGGGUGGUGAGUGUAACGGAUGUGAAAUGGCUAGCUAGUUAGCGGGUGCGCCCUAGUAGCAUUUCAAUCAGUUACGUCACUUGCUCUGAGACAUUAAGUAGGGUUGCCCCUUGCUCUGCAAGGGCCGCGGCCUUUGUGGAGCGAUGGGUAACGACCGUGCUUCGUGGGCGACCGUUGUUGAUGUGUGCAGAGGGUCCCAGGUUCGCGCCCGUGUCAGGGCGAGGGGACGCCGUAAAGUUAUUCUGUUACAUUGGCAAUAGGCAACAUUCUAGCUAACUAAAUUGUACAGCCAGCAUUUUUGUCUAUAUCGAUGCUGUUACAAUUACCAAACAUUUGGAUAAACAAAUAAUUUAUGAAACCAUGAUGUGAUACAUAACAGGAUUGGUUGUUGCAUGCGAUUUAAAUUGCGUCCAAAUUGCUUUCUGUGACGCAGGCUUUAGACUAAUAAUGAGACACACUGGACAUACAUGAGAAAAAGAACCAAUCCCCAUUGAGUGCUGGCUUUGUUGCAUCAGGAAGCCCACACUGAAUGUGUGUUUGUUUAUCUACCCCUUUUUUGUACUUCUUGUACACAGUGAGAGCAGCCCUGUUCCCAUCGCAGUGCCAAACUGAGUAGCAUUCCAGAACGGGACACACACACAAUGGUCUCUUUAAGACGUCUGUCUCGUUGACGUGGAAACGGGACAUGCUUAUGGCAAAAGCCGAUCGCUACGGACAAGGCCACUGACCAAUCGCCGCCAUCCAGCUGUUCUACCCAACCUGGUAACCUUUGAGCCCCAGACUCCAACAGAGACGUGUCAUGUGACGGACUAGACAGCCAUGAUGUCCUAACAGAUACAGGAAGUGCACAGAGCAUGGGAACCAAUGUAUUCCAUCCCAUCUGGCUCACAUAACGGACUGAACCAAUGUCUCCCUUGAGGGGUGCUCGGAUUGUACUAUACUUAUUGUAAAGUAAUGAUUGUACCCCAGGUUGGAGAUGAGAGGUGAGAGGGAGGAAUGGGGUGGUGUUGGUAUUUCAUGUGUCUGUAAUCUGAAUGUGAGGGGAGAGAUAGAGAUGGAUCAUCAUUGGAGAGAGAAGUUACUGAGGAGGGUGUCAUUAUGGAGAUAGGUGCUCUGCACAAAAGCCUAACCCCACCAGACUAUCUAAACCUGUCCCCCCACACACACACACACGUUCACCAAACUAUGGAGAGCUGACCGCCCACUGUCUCCUUUAGGACCCAGGAACACCUCUCUACACUCUAACUCAACUCUGUGAAUGCAAUCCACUCCAACGUUAAAAACAUACGUGAAAAUAGUGUGAUUCAUGUGCUCUGUUCUUCACUCAUCUCUACACCAUGUAACUGUAAUCUGUUGUGAAAAUAAAUGCAAUACCAAAACAA